AUGGCCAGCUCAUGCGAGAAAGCUAAUUUUUCGAGUAAGAGAAAACCGGAAGAUGGUUUGGGGAUCGAACCGGUUCUGAAGAAACAUAGAGAAGAAUCUGAGGACAAUGAGACGGAAGCAAGUGUUGAGUUGUUGUUGUCUGAUGAGAAGGCUACUACUACUUUGUUGAGCUUCUUGCUUCUUAUUAUGUGUCCAAUCGCUAAACAGGAGGCAGUGAAAGAGACCGAACCUAUUCGGGAACCAAAGAAGACGCUCUUAGUUUCUCAUCUCCCUGUCUUCACCAAAAUAUCAGAUAUCUUAUGUUUCUUCCAAAACGUUGGGCAAGUUGUUCGUGUUCGACUUGUUGUAAACAAUCAGGGUAUUUUUCAGGGCGAUGCCUUUGUUGAGUUUGCUUCUGCCGAACAGGCAAACAAGGCAUUGAAAGAAAAGAAGAAUGAUAAAUUUCUCAACUGGCGCAAUAUUAUUCUUGAUGUGGCUAAUAAAAAGGGAGCUCCAUUGUUUCCACCCAAGUUCCUCGAAGAUGAAGAGUACCUUCAACAAGUAGAAGAAGAAGAUGAUGAAGACUACCUUCAACAAGUAGAAGAAGAAGAUGAAGACUAUCUUCAACAAGAAAACCUUCCCAUUGAAGAAGAAGAUGAGACACCUCCCAACGCUGAGGAAGCUUGCGUACUCCUCAUGGCCAAUCUCUCUCCACAAACAACUAAAAUAUUACAUAUCAUCAAAUUCUUCAAAGGUUUUGUUGGAGGUGUUGUUAGUGUGCGACUUAUUGUAAACCACCAGCAUAAGCAUGUGGGCUAUGCCUUUGUUGAGUUUGCUUCUGCUAAACAAGCUAAGUUGGCGCUGAAAAUAAAGAAUGGUGAAUACUUGCACGAUCAUGAGAUUUUGUUGAUGAAAAGACCUGAAGAAACUCCCCAUGUUGCUGCUGAGACAGUAAGCACUGUAAGAGACAAGACGCUAUUUUAUUGCAAUAUCUCUAAGCAAACUAAAAUAUCAGAUAUCAUCAAUUUCUUUAAAGAUGUUGGAGAAGUUGUUCAUGUUCGACUUAUGGUAGGCCAAAUGGUCGGUGUGUUGGGGUCUGGCUAUGUUGAGUUUGCUUCUGCUACCGAAGCUGAGAAAGUGAUGGAGAAGAAGAACGGUGAAUAUUUAAACAAGCGCCAGGUUUAUUUGGCUUUUGCUAAGGAAGCUUCACCGCGUUCACAAGCCAAGUACGAAGACUAUCUUCAGCGAGAAAGCCUUCUACUACAAGAAGAUGCAGCAGUGCAAGAACAUGAUGAAACUCCAGAUUUCGUUGAGGAGGUUUCCUCGAGGACAAAGACUGUCUUUGCGGAUCUCUCUAAGAAGAAAAACUUGGUCGGAAACAUACCAAAAGUCAUCAGUUUCUUCGAAGAUGGUGGAGAAGUUGCUAGUGUUCGAGUUAUUGUAGACCGCUGGGGCAUAAAUAGGGGCUGUUGCUGUGUUGAGUUUGCUACUGGUACCGAAGCAAGGGAGGUUAUGCAGAUUAAGAAGCAAGGUUAUAAGAUUUAUGUCAAGAGGCCUGAGAUCGCUCCGUACCCUUUCCGACCCAAGUACGAAGACGAGGUUAGACGAGAAGGCUUUGGUUUGCCGACGCCGGAGAAAGAGGAGGCAAUCCCUCGCCCUCAGAAGGUUACCUUCUGCGGUCAGAAGAUUAUCUUUUCUGACGAAGACUAA